UCAAACGAAAUGAUAUCUUCUGGUUAUUCCAUGAAUUUUCAGAGUUGAAAGAAAUCACAAACCCAAGUUUUAUCCCCAGGAACAUGUCCAAGAUAGAUCUUCAAAUUUGCUUCAAGAAGCCGACAAUUUCAAGAUAAUUCCAACCACCACCCCAUGUGGGUUUUGUUUCCUCUUCUAUCUUCUUCUUACUCUUGAUUGUCUCCGUUCACUUUUCCUGAUUCAGAGCUGCUUCCCCUGGAAAAUCCAGCACAGUAACAUUCUGGGAAAAUCUCGGUUUCAGCAUGUGGGAAUCGGAGAGCGAGUCAGCUUCAGCAAGGGAAUAUGGGUCUGGCCUUCUCACUUCAACCAAUCAACGGGUCAAGACUGAUGGGAUUCAGCGAAGAGGCCACUCUUGGUAUGUUGAUACUGAUGUACCAAGUGACUUUCUUGUUCUAAUUGGAGAAGUUAACUUCCACUUACACAAGUAUCCUUUGCUGUCAAGAUGCGGAAAGCUAAACAGAAUCGUGAAUGAAUGGCGCGAUCCGGACUUGAAUAAGAUAACUAUGGAAGAUUUGCCUGGUGGAGCUGAGGCUUUUGCACUUGCAGCUAAAUUCUGCUAUGGAAUUGCUGUUGAAUUAACAGCAGGCAAUAUUUCAGGCCUAAGAUGUGCUGCUGAGUAUCUAGAAAUGACUGAGGACCUAGAAGAAGGCAAUCUCAUAUUCAAAACUGAAGCAUUUCUUAGCUAUGUGGUUUUGUCUUCUUGGAGAGAUUCCAUAGUUGUGCUGAAGAGCUGUGAGAAGCUCUCGCCAUGGGCGGAGAACCUUCAGAUUGUUCGAAGAUGCAGCGAGUCCAUAGCUUGGAAAGCUUGUGCCAACCCAAAAGGAAUAAGGUGGGCAUAUACUGGAAGACACCCUAAGGUUACUAGCCCAAAAUGGAAUGGCAUGAAAGAUUCAAGCCCUAGUGGGAAUCAUCAGGUUCCUCCUGAUUGGUGGUUUGAAGAUGUUUCAAUCCUUAGGAUUGAUCACUUUGUUAGAGUCAUCACUGCUAUCAAGGUAAAGGGUAUGAGAUUUGAAUUGAUUGGAGCUGCAAUAAUGCAUUAUGGUACCAAAUGGCUACCAGGAUUGAUAAGUGACAUAACAACAGCUGGAGAUGAAUCAAGCAACUACAGUGUAAGUGAUAGUAGUAGUGUUGGUGGCGGCGGUAGCUGGAAAGGCGGACUUCAUAUGAUUGUGGCCGGAGCCAGGGAUGACUCUUCAAGCAGUCUUCAGGCUAAAGAUCAAAGGAUGAUCAUUGAGAGCCUCAUCAGCAUAAUUCCACCACAGAAGGACAGUGUUUCAUGCAGCUUCCUUCUUAGGCUAUUGAACAUAGCAAACAUGCUAAAAGUUGCACCAGCAUUAAUAACUGAAUUAGAGAAAAGAGUGGGAAUGCAAUUUGAGCAAGCUACACUGGCUGAUCUUCUGAUUCCUUCUUAUGGUAAAAGUGAGACCAUGUAUGAUGUGGAUCUUGUUCAGAGGUUACUAGAGCAUUUUCUUGUUCAAGAAGUAACUGAGAAUUCGAGUCCCCCUCGGCUGUCAUUUUCAAACAAGAAUGCGGCUGGUAACAUCAAUGCCAAGACAAGAGUGGCAAGACUUGUUGAUAGUUAUCUUACAGAGGUAUCCAAAGAUAGAAACCUUUCCCUCACAAAAUUUCAGGCACUUGCAGAAGCCUUGCCUGAGUCAGCAAGGACCUGUGAUGAUGGACUUUACAGAGCAAUUGAUUCCUAUCUUAAGGCACAUCCAGCACUUUCUGAGCACGAAAGGAAGCGGCUCUGUCGCAUAAUGGACUGUCAGAAACUCUCCAUUGAUGCCUGUAUGCAUGCUGCACAAAACGAAAGGCUUCCAUUAAGGGUAGUGGUGCAAGUCUUAUUCUGUGAACAGGUAAAGAUAAGCAAUGCAUUAGCCCAUACAUCUCUCGGAGAUGACAUGGAACCUCACUACUACCAGCCAAUGAUCAUGAACCGAAAAACACUUCUAGAAGGGACACCACAAUCAUUCCAAGAAGGAUGGACAGCUGCGAAAAAGGACAUUAACGCGCUGAAGUUUGAGCUUGAGAGCAUGAAAGCCAAGUACUUGGAGCUUCAAAAUGACAUGGAAAAUCUGCAGAAACAGUAUGAUAAGAUGGUGAAGCCAAAACAAAGUUCAGCUUGGAGCAGUGGUUGGAAAAAGCUGAGCAAGCUUACGAGAUUGUCAAAUGCUGAGAGUCAUGAUGUUGGACAGCAGAUUCCAGCUCCACCAGAACCAAACAACAUAAAGGUUCAUAGAAGGUGGAGAAACUCAAUAUCCUGAAAGACGAGAAUUCUCAGUUUUAUUAUAUGAUGAUUCUUAUGGUCUCUCUGGGUUUUGGAUCCUUUUCUUCCCUUCUGUCACAUCUGAUUCCUUUUUCUUUCAUAGUGGCUUCUUUGAAUUCUUAUAGCUGAAUCAUAGGAUCAUUGUGAUUUACCAUAAAUGUAAAUUAUAUCUUCUUCAUGUUUUCCAAUUAUACUUGAAUCACUGUAUAAUUUUGCAGAGUGUGGCCUUCCAUAUGACAAAA